AUGAAUUUUGAAUUUAUGCGAACGCUGCACGGCUUCAUCAAUUUCAUUCAAGUCCUGUUUGGAUUCGCUGCUCUUUUUGCAUGCUCUUUCAUUUGGAGGGACACUGAUCUCUACUUUCAAUUCAUUUACAAGUAUUUUGGAUGGCAAAGCGUGAUUCUGGCUAUUUUGUUCUUCACAUGGAUUUUUGCUGUGAUGGUUUUCCUCUCAAACUUGUUCGAUAAGGAUGUUGUUGGAACUAUUGGAAAAUAUAAGCUCCUCAUCCUCUACGUCAUCUGCUUGGUGUGUCUAAUCAUUUCAGCCUCUCUUGAGUCGUGGUAUAUAUCGAGGUCAGGAACUAAUGGAAAAUAUCCGGACCCCGUUUACCACCCACGUUUCAUAGCUGUCACUAUCUUCAAUUGGCUUCUCGUCGUGUCUUACAUUGUUCUCAUAUUAGUCACAUUCUUCUUUGUGUAA